UUAAGGACGUGAGGGGAGAUAUCUGAUGCUUGGGAAAAAAAAUAGAUGGGAGUUAGAUUUAUUUCUCAAUAAUUGAGGGGAGGAUAUUAUAAUUUCCUCAUAGAUUUAACCCGAAAUUAUCUCAACCCUCAAAAACCUGUCAUUCCCUCUUUCUCCAAAAAGAACACCAACAUAAGCGAUCAAUGUCUGUCCGUCACUCCAGUACAGAAGCCUCUAUGUCUGAAUAUGAUGUGAAAAAGGAAAAAGAGACAACACAAGAUGUAGUUGCAAAAGAAGACAUUGCAGCCGCAUCUUAUGUGAGUGGUCAAUACUCUAUUCCGAAUUGCAUUCAUGUCUUGAGAAAUCUAAAGCAAAAUGGUCGUUUGUAUGGAAAACGAUUUAGCUAUGCUUUAGAAUUGAUUAAAGAUAGCAAAAAUAGAGUCAUUGUUAUUUCUUUAAAAGAUUGCUUCAGUGAACUGGAGGAUUGGAUAGAUUACAAGUUUAAUAAGUAAAAUCCCGAUAUUUUUGUUAAGUUUUGACUUUGUUCGAAUGUUAAACUUCCUAUUGUAAUGAAUCUGUUAUCUUUAUUUGCA